UAACAACGAGAGACUGGGAGGAGGACAUUAUCGUCAUUUCGGUUUCAUAGAGAGAAAUAGAAGUGCCUCUUUGGCCCGCCCCUCUUCCCAGGAUACACUACUAGCAACCCCAAAUUCUGUAAUCUCACACAGCAAGAAACUGAAAAGAUGGGUGGGGGAAUGGAGUACAACAAGAACAAGUGGAUCGAGGAAUGGGGAACUGCCAGAGAGAAUCUUGAGUACAACUUUCGUUGGAGUCGACGCAAUCUGGCCAUUGUUGGUAUCUUCGGUAUCGCUAUCCCUGUUUUGAUUUACAAAGGAAUCGUCAAAGAAUUUCAUUUGCAUGACGAUGAGUGGAAGAGGCCACGCACAAAGUUUUUACCAUGAAGCCUUUUAGUUCUGUAAUAAUAUUGGAAGGAGGACAAUGAAAUUCUUCCUCGUGUUGAAUUAGAUCUGUUUCAAAUUUCAAUGAAAUUCUCGGUACCCUCUCCUCAGCUUGUUAAGUUCUGUUGCGACUAACUUUUUUCUCAAUAAUUUUGUAUGUGUCCUUUGAAAUCAUAUUCUUGGUGACUUUCAGCAUUGACUAUAUGAUUGUUUCUCAUGAGUGGUAUAUUUAAUUUGGCUU